AAGCUUUUUAAUUUUAUUGAUAUUAUCCUACAAUUCAGUUUCGAAUGAUACAGAUAUUAAUCUCUGUUCAUCAAAUAUUCCCCACACAAAAUUGAUUUCUCAGCUUUAUUUUCUCUUUUUGUCCGGGGCGCAAUUGUGCGUAGAAUGAGAAAUACGAAAAUUUGCGCAUCGAUUCGCUCAAAGUUCGGUUAUAUUCGGUUGCGCCUAAUCGCUUUGCGCACUUUGUCAAGUAUCAUUUUGUUGGCCGGCCUGGUUGGAGCAAGAUUUUUUAUAUUGGAAGCCAUUAUUAAUCAGACCUGCUGUCAAAUACACUGCUAUAAUGCAGUACAAUAACGUUUAUCAAAAUAAUACUGUGUUCAGACCUAGAUCUGAUAGAGGCAAUGACCAUCACUUCAACAAGCAACAGCAACAGUCCAAUUAUUGGUGUGGACCCCCACAUGUUAUGGCAGCUGUGCAAGAUUUCGGAGGCCCAAAACAGCAAUACAAAAAGAAACAGAAGCCAGAAAAUACUUUACAGUUAAGUGUACCCAUGUGGCAUCAACAAGACUUGAAACCAUUUAGGAAAAACUUCUAUGAAUUACAUCAUACGGCUUUAACUAGGACACAAACUGAUGUAGAUAAUUACAGAACUAAGAUGGAUAUUAUUGUCCGAGGUAAUGAUAUCCCUCAACCAAAUUUUUGUUUUGAAGAAGGCAGUUUUCCUGAAUACAUUAUGCAAGUUCUAUUGAAACAAGGAUUCAAUGAACCCACCGCUAUUCAGUCACAAGGCUGGCCUGUCGUCCUUUCGGGGAGAGAUUUGGUGGGUAUUGCUCAAACUGGUUCUGGAAAGACAUUAGCAUAUAUGAUACCCGCGGCGGUUCAUAUCAACAACCAACAGAGACCACAGCGAGGUGAAGGUCCUAUUGCACUCAUUCUUGCUCCAACUAGGGAAUUGGCUCAACAAAUCCAAAAAGUAGCACAUGAGUUUGGUACUAGUACAAUGAUUCGUAAUACCUGUAUAUUCGGGGGCUCCCCUAAAGGACCUCAAGCAAGAGAUCUUGAAAGAGGUGUGGAAAUUGUGAUAGCGACUCCCGGUAGAUUGAUAGAUUUUUUGGAAAAAGGUACCACGAAUUUAUCAAAGUGUACUUAUUUGGUGUUGGACGAAGCAGAUAGGAUGUUAGAUAUGGGUUUUGAACCUCAAAUUAGAAAAAUCAUUCAACAAAUUAGGCCGGAUAGACAAGUUUUGAUGUGGUCUGCCACUUGGCCUAAACAAGUCCAGGCUCUUGCUGAAGAGUUUUUGGAAAAUUAUGUACAAGUAAAUGUUGGAGGUUUGUCAUUAGCUGCCAAUCACAAUAUAAAGCAAAUUGUAGAUGUGUGUGAUGACUCAGAAAAAGAAGACAAAUUGAUUAAACUCUUGAAAGAAAUUGGAUCAGAUAGACAAAACAAGAUUAUUAUUUUUGUAGAAACUAAGAAGAAGGUGGACGACAUAACAAAAAUUGUUAAAAAAGAAGUGUAUUUUUCAGGCUUAUCUGCUAUUUCUAUGCAUGGAGAUAAAUCACAACCUGAACGUGAUUACGUAUUGAAUGAGUUUCGAUCUGGAAAGUCUUCUAUAUUAGUUGCGACUGAUGUAGCUGCUAGAGGAUUAGAUGUUGAAGAUGUCAAGUAUGUUAUAAACUUUGAUUAUCCCAAUUCCAGUGAAGAUUAUGUCCAUCGUAUUGGAAGAACUGGUCGUUGUCAACAAGCAGGUACUGCAUAUGCUUUCUUCACACAAAACAACCAACGGCAAGCUAAAGAUCUAAUUGCUGUACUGGAAGAAGCAGGGCAAGUAGUCAACCCCAAACUUAUGGAAUUAGCACAACAAGCCAAAAAUUCCAAUCAGAAACAACACCGUUGGCAAAACCGCAACAAAGACAAUUCAUCACCAAGUAGCCAGAAUUCAAUGGGAAAAGUUAAGACUUGGACCAAUUCCAAAACUUUUGUUAACGGAGAAUUUAAACAAAACAAUGGACCUAGAUCAAAUAAUAAUUCAUUUAGGAAUGAUGGGAUGCAAAGAACUCAACGAAACAAUUACAAUAAUUAUUCUCACUAUCAAAAUGGACAAAUGUACCAACCGUCAUAUAGUCCCAAUAGUAUGUAUCAACAACAGCAACAACAGCAGCAGCAGCAACAGCAACCACAUCAACAACAGAUGUUGGGUAACGGAACACAAAGAAACUAUGGUAAGGAAUUUUAUGGUGGCUCCGUUUUAUUUGAUUCUGACAGACAUUACGAAUCUCCCAAGGAAUUUAUUUGUAAUAAUUCUCGUUCAUACGGAAAUCAACGCUACAACGAUCGCCAAUCCUACCAAGCUCCUCAAACCAACAUGUACACGAUACCAACACCAUACAUGAUGCAAUCUCCCGCUGCAGAUGGUAUGCAAUCAAUAAUCAACCAUAAAUUUUUCCAAAGCCGAGGAUUGCCUGCUACAACCAAUCCUUGCGCAUAUCAAUCGAUGGGUCAAAGUCAACCUACUCCGGCCUACAAUCAAUACGCAGGUGGUGUACCGUAUGCAACUUAUCAAUACACACAGCCCCCUACUGCCGCCGUGCAGCAGUAAUUAUUUUUAUUUGUUUAAAUAUUUUCAUAAAUUUAUAUUAAUAUUGGUUAGUCUGUGAUGACAUCGGAAGAUAAUAUUUAAACGUGAAUAAAUUAUUGUGAAAUGGUUAAAUAUCUAUAUAUAUAUCGGAAAUUUAUCACGAUUAGAGUGACUAUUUUUUACUAUUUAUGGUUAAUCUAAAAUCUUAUAAUACGAAUUUUUUUCUAUUGCCAAAAUUUUUAUUCAUGUUUAAACAUUAAUCGCAGACUGGUAGCAUAAUACUAGCACGUCGGAAGUCUCUUCCUAAGUUUAACUGCUUGUAAUUAGAAAUUUCGGUGAUCUUUCAUUUGAUUUUACAAGAAAUAUAUUUUCCGGUUUUAAACCGUACGAAUUUUAUUGUAUAUUGAUAAAUUUUCAGUUCUAAAGUUUGAUAUUUGAUCAUGAAACAUUGAAAAUAUGGAAAGUUUAUAAAAAUGAGAACUAUAUUGCUUUUUUGUACAAAUAUAUAAAUAAAAAAAUCAUUUACGUUGGAAAAUUAACGUGGAAAAGGUUAAAUACUGAAAACUUGAAAUGUUCAUAAUGGAUUUUAGUGUUUACCAAAGAAACGUACUCGAUAUUUAACCGACGUGGUGGUAUAUUUUCAGUGUUAGUUCUAUCGUUCCCUUGAACCCCUUAAGAGGCUCUCCGUCUAGCUGUUUGUUUGCUGCUACGGUAACGACAUUAUGCCUUUCCCUGCUGAUGUUGGCCGUUCAGCAGUCGAUGUUUAUAUAUCUUAAGAACUGGAUUUCAGUAAUAACGGAUUCGUUUUUCUAUUUACAAGAUUGUUUAUUAUAUUCAUUUUUGUACUUCAUGUUCAAAAUAUUAAAGUAUCUGCCUUCCUUUUCUCGAAAAUAAAGGGAUUAUUAGAAAUGUCAUUUUUAUCAGUAAAUUCGAAAAAAAAUUCAUCGAAUAGCUAAGACCAAUUUCAUCUGAAGCAAAUCGACCAAGAAAGUAAUUAUUCUGGAAAUAUAGGAAACAUGAAUAAGGUCCAAAUUCUUUAAUAAUUAUUAAACAGAAAAAUAUUAUCGAUUCUAUACUUACAAAGUUCGUUAUUAUGGGAAUCCACUAAAUUAGUAUGUACUCAGUGUGAGUUGUUAGCUAUUAGUAAACAGUAAAUUGUCUGUAUGCUGUUGAAAUGCACGAAACGUAUAGAAGGGGAGUUUUGGGCUUAUUUCGUUAUAGUAUUUUAUACAAUAUUGAUGCUUCUUUGUAUCAAUCAGAACUAGUUGAUAUAAAGAUUAAAAAAAGAGUUAAAUAGAUAAAAGCAGUCAAAACUUUAUAUUUCGUAUUUAAUAGGAUUGUGAUAUUUACUUAUUCCUAGGGACAUUAAAUUUUUUAUUGAAAACUAUUUAUAGUAACUAUUAACUCCGGAAAUAGUAGAAUCGAGCCGGAUUAAAAGAGUCAUUAAAACAGGGUAUAGUACAUUUUUUCUCUCUACUUUUACACUGUGAUCGUUACACUAACAAAAUAAUGUUUAAAUACUGAAUUACUAUAUUAUAUUGUCCCAGAAAAUUUAAAUACAAAUAUAUAUUUUAAUUUAUUCGGUAAAUCAAUUAUAACUAAACUUGUGAUUUAUUUCUGUUUAUUGAUAUUUAAAUAUUUCAUUCUUUGUAAAAUUUUUCAACUCCGAAACUGGUUGAAUUUAUUUUCUAUAUUAAAUAAUACAUUAUUCCUCUUUAACUAGAUCUUUUUAAUUGAUUGAUUGAAGUGAAUUUUGAGCUGCUAAAGCUCGCAGAAUUGAGAUUUGGUGACUCUAAACUAUUUAUUUCGAAUUUUGAUUACUGUCUAAAUGUCAUGCGAAAUUAGAUAAUAGACAAAUCUCUUGAGUUUUGUGUUACAUGUCUUUUUAAAGCUAGUAUAGACUAGGAUACAACAUUUUUUGUUAGAAACAUCAGCUUGUAUCUGCUACAAUGUUAAGCAUCCACACUAAGAUCAGAAGAACAUUUACAACUAUCAGUAAUUUUGUUAUGAUUGGUAGUAACUUAAUGUACAAAUGGAACAGUGAAAUAUGAGUAAGAUCUAUACCAGUUUUGGGGCUAUGAAAAGAAUCACAAUGUUGUAGUUAUUAUUGGUUAACUAAGAGAUUGUAUUUAAAAAAAUUGCAAUAUGGCAAUAGCUUUUGAAGUAUGGAUGUUUGACUGUGCUAAUUAAGCCGGAGUGAGAGAGUUGUUACGAUUUUUAAAAUAGUAAGCGUCGGGUGCUAGUGACUCUCGAUCGAUUUUUUGAUUUUUUUUAUAUUACGGAUCUUGACAUGACUGCUUGUGUCGUGUAAAUAUUUGUAGUAUUAAGUAUAUUUAACUCGUUCGUCGUUUAGCGUGGUGCUUUAAAGCGCGCACGUCCAUCUGUGAUAUUUUAGCGUGUAAAGGUAGCAAAAGAAUAAUAUAACUUUUUCCGAAUCGGGAGAAGCGCCCAGAUAAAGCGUCGAUAAAAUAGAUCAGUCAAUUUUGAUGUUUAUAGUUUGUUGGAACUAUAAUAUAUGGUGCCAGUUGUCGAGAAUUUAUAAUUUUUAAAUUAUUUACUUUAAAAGAUCGGUUUCAAUAAUUCUUAUCACUUUAGUUGUCGCAAUACUGAAAGAUCUUGGAAAGUUGUUUUCGAUGUCUGCCAAAUGUCUAGUUUCCACCAAGCGGACAGGACGAAAACAAAACAUGUAUUGUCUAUUUGAACAGAAAUUUCGAACAGUUUUGUUUUGAAAAGGUUUUAACGCUGUUGUGGGUCCCCAAAGGACUGCGUGUUUACACCAGUCACGAACAGAAAUUAAUAAAAACUGUUUGUUUUAAAUUUGAUUCAGUUUACAUAUAGACAUCGGACACCAGUUGGGAAAGUGUGCCGCGCAGUAAAUUUGAGAAAACAAGAUGACGAGGAUUGAUUUUUUCUAGGAGUUACAUAUUUCAUGAUAAAAAAGUGAAUGUCGGCUUUGAAGUAGGCCAUCUUUAAGGCAAAUAGGAGGAAAUAUUACAUCUAAACUACUGCAAGAUCUUAGAGAAGAUAAAAGUAUCAGAGAUGAAGUUUUAAGAACUUUUUAAGAAUGUCAAGCACAUAUUUUGAUGAUCUGAUGCAUUUAUUUGGCCCUAUCAUUAGCAAGAACAAUACCAUCAAAUUAUAGCUCAUUAAGGACGAAAGGGAGAAGCUGCUGCAAACUUUUUAUAAUUACGUUUUAUCGAUAUUGCGAAUUUAUAUUGACUUAACUUCAACGGUGGAAAGCAUCCUUUUUCUUCAUUGUGUUUUUGUAGUUUGUGUGACGUUCCACUGUAGAUCAGUAAAAUGAAUUUAUUAUCAAUAUUAUAUAUCUUAUAGUCUUCUAUUUAUUUAAUUGUUGUUUUUUGCAUUUUCUUUUUCUGUUUAAAAUCGCAUUUUCCGACUCUGAGCACCAAAAGUAUUCCAACAAAUACGUUUAAUAAAAUUUAGUACCUAGUGACUGAUGUAAAAGCAAUGUGAUUUACAUUGGAUGGAAUGUGAUAUUUUCUAUUAAGACUGAAAUAACUGUAUAUUUUUUUUAUACUGAACGGUUACUAAGUAAAACAUGUGAAUUCAACUUGUUUUAUUUAGAUCGUGUUUUUGUUGAAUUAGAAAAAUAUAGAAGAGCGAUUCUCUAAAAUCGGAUUAUGUGCAAAUCGAAAAAAUAAUAUGCACAAAAAGAAAGUUAUUCCAUUAUUCUAUAAUGUUAUCAAGUUGCGCCAUUGCAUAGUAACGAUUGACGAUUUUAUAUAAGAUUUUUGAUAUUUUCUUUUAAUUUUUUUCCAGUCGGUAAUAUAAUUAUAUAUUCUGGAAUGUAAAAAUCUCGAAGAUACCUCGUAAUUAUUAGGUGUAGACCAGAACUGCAUUAAAAUCUAAUAGUAAUUUAUUGAUACGCGCGAGUUCCGGUCAGUAUUAGUACAUAGUAUUAUCAGAGAUCGGGGUAAGGUUUCUACCCGUUUAAAAAAAACGAAGUUUUAGUUGAAAUAGAUAGAACACGAUAUUUUAUUGACAAUUCAUAAUACCAAAUUUGAUGUCUGUAUUAAUAACUAUUGUGUUAUAUUUUGGAUAAGAAAAAGAGAAGUAGAUCAAUGAUACGAUCAAUUUUGAUACGCAUUACCCUUUGGAUAGCAGCCUCCCCUUAUCACUACACCAUUACUGCUAAGUUUUAAUCACUUCUUUUUGCCAGUUUUGGUUACUCAUAAUUUUAUGUUGGAAUCCGCUUCAAUUUUCUACAGCUUCAUAAGAAUCUAAAGAAAUUACAUAAUUUUAUAGGCACUGUCAAAAAGUUUUUGAAAAAUUGCUCGCUUUUUCUGGAAAAAAUCCCCUCGAGAAAUUGCUUGAAUUUUCGAUAUGAUCAAAAUAGUGAUCGAACUUUUGUGAGUUUGCUUGGAUUUUCUAUCAAACAAAUUGCUCGAAUUAUGUAACCAUCUACUGUGCACUGACAACAAUUCAUUGUUUAAACCUUUAAAUUAACGCCCUUAUGGCGAUACCAAAACUCUUUAUUUCCGUACUUACAUUGAGUUUGUUAAUAUGAACAUCUUAUUAUAUUAUGAGUUAUAAAAAUUAUUAAAGUUUUUCCAACGUUCAUAUUUUCACGUAAAUCUACCAGCGGUGACGAUAUUUGCAUAAAAA